AUGGCGGAUUUCUUGCAUCAGACAUACAAUAUUUUUUCUUCCUUCGCAACUUAUCCUUUUCAGCUGUUACCACAUUGUUUUCCUCCCACGUUUAAACACUUUGCUGUUCAAAUCAUUCCGUAUGGUUUUCUUGGUAGUAUUUGUUAUAUACUGGAUGUUAUUUUCCUUGCGAUUCAACAUCGCAUACUCCGAGCACUUGUGGAUAACAUGGCUCACGGAGUUAUCGCUUUUGUAAGCUGGUGUGUUGUCAGCGAAGUUUUAACUAGAAAGGAUUUGGCGGAUGGAGUCCUAAGUGCUUUUAUUGCUUGUGCCUUAGACGUUGAUCAUUUUAUUGCUGCCAGAUCGUUUAAUUUGCAGGUAAGUGUAUAAAAGCGGUGUAAGAUAUUAUUUUUACUGAGUAAAGACAUAGUUUACGACUUUCAUUCGCCCCGUGUAAGGCAAUUCAAGAAAGUAUAGGAUUCUUUAUUUUACGCUGUGGAUUCCAGAUUCCCGGUACUGGAUCCUGGAUCCUGGCUUCUGGCUUCCUUGAUUUCAAAGCCCAGGAUUGCGGAUUCUACAAUUAAAAAUGUGCAGAUUUCGGAUUCCAGAAACAAAAUAUACAGGAUUCCGGAAUUAGGAUAACCUUAGAAGGGUGUCAUUUCGUAGUGGACUUUAUCAGCCAGGCUGGUCUGGUUAACCAGACUAGCUCAAGCAAAGAACUCGAAUCUGUUGAGGCCCUGUUUGGGUUCAAUUCCGACAAGUGUCAUGGCCUUGAAACAGCAAUAUUGGACCACAGGUAGUCCAUCCGAACUGUUCGAGGCAUCGUGACGUCACGCACGACAUGUAAUCCCAUACAUUUUCUGUAUUUCGUACCUUCCACACUUGGCUUGAUUCAAGUUUUGAAUUUUGAUCCCAAAUGUUGAUGUAAUGUAAUUAUCUUUAUUCAUUUUUCUUACAUUAUAUCAACAUUUGGGAUCAAAAGAGGCAACAUCCUGUGUUUUAUGAAGCAUUUCUAUGGAUCACUUGAAUCAAGCCGAGGGCGGGCAUUAUGAAAUACAGUAAAUGUAUGGAAUCACGUCACGCAUAACAUCACGAUGCCUCAAACGGUUUGGAUAGUCCACCUGUGAUAAGACAGAUGAAUUCAUGAGAAAUGACAUAAUUUUGGUUCAAAACUGCAAAAGCAUUGAGGAAAAUCUCAAAUACAAUAGUAAAGUACUGACAGGGACAUGGCCUCCUCUUCAAUAUGCAAAACUACUGCUUUUGAAAUUCCCAUAGAGAGCCUCUCUACUUAGUACUUGCUUAUUGACUGUCCUCUAGGAAAACAGGGUGUUCAGUAGCACCGGUGUUUUGACAUAUCUACCAACUCAAAAAUUAAAAAGAGGUACACAAUCUCAGAUAUUGUUUGCAUCUAAAGUUCGUUUGUGAGUUUUGUUCAUCCUAAGGAGUUAAGGUGUGUUCCUUUGAGAUGAUCCAGAUUAGAAUCAAUGAUCCAAGAUCACUCUGUUCAUGGUACAUAAAAUGAACCAAUGAAUCCUUUCCCAGGGUGGAUUUGUUGGCUCCUUUGAUGUGCAAUGAUCCGAGUGAUCUUGGAUCACCCGUCCUGAUCUGGAUCAUCCUGAUGGAAUGCAAUGUUAGAUUGUUGCGGCUCCUCACAUGACAUAUCCUUGUCCAAUCAGAGAAUGCCCUUGAGUUGGGACAUUCCCAACAGUGCACAUUUGAGUUUAUUACUGUUGGGAAUAAUCAUCAGUUGAUCAUCACAAAACUCUGGGAUACAUUGAGAAAUUGAUAGAAAUACUCCUGAUUCUCUUAAUUUGACUCAGAUGUUCCCAGACUAUUGGCAAUACUUAUGAUUUCGAGUUUUCAUUAAUUGGCUGGGACAGUAGGGAAACAGUAAAAUCCCUGAUCAUCUAGGAUUUUCCUGGUGUAGGAUUCUUACAUGUAUACUUACACUGUUUUCAAGUAGUUAUCAGGUCACCUAAAGGGUGAUCAUGAGGUUAUCCCUAUAUUAAGAUCUCUCCUUACAAAUAAGCAUAUAACCCACCCAGCCAAGGAAAGGUUGGCCAUGCCAUUGGGGUCUACGUCCCCUACUCUUUUUGAAUAGUGGUGUGGGUUCUUUUAUGUUCCACCAGAACCUAAAGUGAUUUGUCCUUAUCUGAAAAGACUAGAAAGUCUAGCCAUUUUUGCAGAUGUCAUUACAAUAUUAGAAAUACAGCUCUUUUUUCUCAGUUAUUUUAAGACCAUUAGUGUUGGUCUGGCCGUGGUUUGGACCUGUAACCUCCUGUUCAUUAGUCUUGCACUCUCCCAACUGAGCUAACCUGAGAGAAAACUGACACAAAGUAAAAUAUUUUAUCUUUCAUGUUUUUCCUAUCCGAUCAGUGAGUCAUAUGUGAAUUAGUUUACCCAUAUAAUUGCAUGGUGUCUCAUGGAUUGGGUCUAACACAUUUGAAAUUACUGCACAGAUUGGGAAGCUUCAGAGAAAAAAUACUGUGAUUUAAGACGAUGACAUUUUUAUACUCUUAGUUCAUUUUAUAGUUUUACAUUUAUACACAAGAUUUCCAUCUGAGUGGUUUGUAUGAAUGGCAAGGACCCCUGGAGACAUGUUUUGCAUAUUAGUUAAUUGAUAUUCACUAUCAUUUCUUUCUGCACACUGAUAAUCAGCCUACAUUAACUCUUGUUUCCCUUAGAAUGCUCUCCAUCUCAAGAACAGGCCAUUUCUUCAUUCAACAACGAUUGUUUUUAUUUUGGUCCCCAUACUUCAAGUCUGGAUUGCCCAGAAUGUUUCUUCUCUCCGUUCUCUCCCGUACGUGUUUGCUGUAUCUGUUAUUUCACACCACUUGCGUGAUGGACAUAGGCGUGGUUUAUGGUUUUGGCCAUUUGGGAGCACUCCACCCCUUCCAUACUGGGUAUAUAUUACUUGUACUUUAGUAACACCUUACUUUGUUAAAGAAAUAAAAAGGUCCAUUGCUAAGUUCAAUGUCAUUUCAAUAUCAAGACCAACGGGUACUCUCAUGGAUGUGUGA